GUCUCUCUCUCUCUAUCUCUCUCUCUGUUUGUUCACAGGAGGAUUUUUGGCGUCUCCACGCAAAAUUUUUUGCAUCCAGACUCUCUGCACGUCUCCUGAAAGAGAGAGAGAGAGAGAGAGAUCGAAGAUCGAUUCCUCUUAAAUCUCUCGUGAAGCCCAUUUCCCUCCCGCUAGAUUCUCUCUUCACCCAUUUCUCGCUUCCUCCCUGACUUUCUACGUAUUUUGUCUUCUUCUUCUCUCUGGUCUCUCUCGCUCUCAGCCUCCUCGCUUCACUUCUCGCCAUGGUCGGUGCGUCUUCCUGUUACGCAUCUCCGUUAUGCACCUGGUUUGUCGCAGCUUGCAUGUCCGUCUCUCACGGCGGCGGAGAUAGCCGUCAAGCCGUUGCUCUUCAAUCUGGCAGGCGGAGUCGUCGAAGGAGACAGCUCGGCCAAUGCUCUGCCGUUUCUGGAUCCGGUAGCAUUCAGGCUCUCGUCACUUCCUGUUUGGAUUUUGGGCCUUGCAAUCACUACUACUACAACAACAAUAGCAAUGCCUUGUCUUCUCUCUUUGGAUCGAACAGCGUUUCUUUGAAUCGACACCAGAGGAGACUCAAUCGAGCAUCUACUUCCGGUGGAGCCAUGGCAGUUGCGAUGGACAUGGAAAAGGAAGCCACGGUUAACAAGAAACCCCCUACGGAGCAGCGCCGGGUUGUUGUGACAGGCAUGGGAGUUGAGACAUCAUUAGGUCAUGACCCACAUACCUUUUAUGAGAAUUUGCUACAAGGGAACAGUGGUAUUAGCCAGAUCGAGAAUUUUGAUUGUUCUGAGUUUCCUACGAGAAUUGCUGGAGAGAUCAAAUCCUUCUCGACUGAGGGAUGGGUUGCUCCAAAACUUUCAAAAAGGAUGGACAAGUUCAUGCUGUAUCUUCUCACAGCUGGCAAGAAAGCUUUGGCUGAUGGUGGGGUAACUGAAGAAGUAAUGGCAGAGUUUGACAAAACCAAAUGUGGAGUUUUGAUUGGCUCAGCAAUGGGGGGCAUGAAGGUCUUCCACGAUGCUAUUGAAGCUCUGAAGAUCUCUUACAAGAAGAUGAAUCCUUUCUGUGUACCUUUUGCGACAACAAACAUGGGUUCUGCUAUGCUUGCUAUGGAUCUGGGAUGGAUGGGGCCAAACUAUUCUAUUUCAACUGCUUGUGCCACAAGCAACUUUUGUAUUCUGAAUUCAGCAAACCACAUUAUUAAAGGUGAAGCUGAUGUAAUGCUCUGUGGUGGCUCAGAUGCAGUUAUUAUUCCAAUAGGGUUGGGAGGUUUUGUUGCAUGCCGGGCUCUUUCACAAAGGAAUAAUGAUCCCACAAAAGCUUCACGUCCUUGGGAUAGCAAUCGAGAUGGUUUCGUGAUGGGAGAGGGAGCUGGAGUUUUGCUUUUGGAAGAACUUGAACAUGCUAAGAAAAGAGGAGCUACUAUCUACGCAGAGUUCCUUGGUGGGAGUUUUACAUGUGAUGCCUACCACAUGACCGAGCCUCACCCUGAUGGGGCUGGUGUCAUCCUCUGUAUCGAGAGAGCGUUAGCUGAUGCUGGGAUUUCCAAGGAACAAAUAAAUUAUAUAAAUGCACAUGCAACCUCAACACCAGCUGGAGACCUCAAGGAGUACCAAGCCCUUGCUCACUGUUUUGGCCAAAAUCCUGAGCUAAAAGUAAAUUCCACAAAAUCUAUGAUCGGACACUUGCUGGGAGCUGCUGGGGCUGUAGAGGCUGUCGCAACCGUGCAGGCAAUAAGGACCGGAUGGGUUCAUCCAAAUAUCAAUCUCGAGAAUCCAGACAGUGGAGUGGAUACAAAAUUGCUGGUGGGUCCUAAGAAGGAGAGAUUGAACAUUAAAGCAGCCUUGUCAAAUUCUUUCGGGUUUGGUGGCCAUAACUCCAGCAUCAUUUUUGCUCCUUACAAGUAAAAGCAAAAGUCGUCGCUUGUACUCAAGACCUGGUUGUAUAACUUGCUGUAAGUGUUUACAAGAACUUCCCAUGUUACGUCAUCGCGGGAAUCAACACAGUUUGUUAAACUACCAAGAGCUAAGCUAAGUUUCUUAGGAUCAAGAUCUGAUUUGCCAGAGAGCUUGGACAGGAGCAAACGUAGCAGAGUUUGAAUUUGCCAUGAAAAAUAUAAUCCCUGUGAUACCUUAUGAUUGGAAUCUUUGUAGCCUUUUGUAGUCUUUUUUUUUGUUGAUCAUACUAUCUGAAAAAUGCCAAAUCAGUUCCCAGUUAAAUUUAGUAACUCUUGACAGUCAUUGGUAUAAAUGCCUCUAAUUAUAA